UGGAAAUAAAAUAAAACCCAAAGAAUAAUAAUAAAAAUAAAACACAGAAAACUAUUAAGCUCAAUGCGUCGUUGUCAAAUAUAUUGUAAGCCAUCAUGUCUGCCAAUCGAGCUCACCGGGACGAACAAGUUAAGGAGUUGGAAAAGCAUCUUAGGUAAGACAAGCAAGCGCUCAAACACCCUUCAAAGCGGUCCACGGCUACCGUAUAGCCGGCGAUACAUACAGAGGGGUUGAGGUAGAAUCGGACAGUCAGGCGGACAACAUAGCUCUAUGCCACCACCGUUCAGGUGAUGAAAACUUGCUUACGUCUCUGAUUACCAACAGGACCAUUGUAGUUAUACCCUAACUAUUGUUUUGCUUGAUUUCUGUGUUCUGUGCCACAUAUAAUUUGCAAUGUAGGCUAUAAUAUUUUUUUUUGUUCUUUUGUAUUAUUGAUAAGUCGUUCAACCAACCGACUCUUCGAGGACGAUCUGAUGGACCAGGGAAGAUCGAAUGUUAGCGACAGGUUUUUUUUUUGAUUUUGUAAUAAUGAUUGUAAAGGUCGUUGCACUGUGUGGCCCACACUGGUCACUCUGGUUACGGGUCCGUAGUUUUGGGAAGGACGAUCGCACCGCGGCGCCAUUACGUUUUUUUGCGAUUGACCAGCGACGCCGUCUCGCCAUCGCGUUAACGUAUACGAAAUAAACCACGUUUGUAGUUCAAUUGUAUUUUUGUAUACUCAUCCGUUUUGGCGUGUGAAAGCGUGCCGCUCUCAAAAGUCUGCUGUUAAAUUUAUUAUUUUUUACAAAAGUGUCGUUUAUUAAUUUCACCGUAAUACACUCCUACUACGAUAUAUCUGGCGGUACGUUCAAUCCUGACACUAGCUUACAAUAUUUGUAUAUAAAAUAUUGUGUAAGAUACAUGUAAGUAUAUUGUACAUGUGAAUACAAACUAUUAAGUUCAAUCGGAAUAGUGUAUUCAACUAUUUGUCGUGGCCAUACCCUUAUAUACAAUAUGGGGAGCGCAUUCCUGGUUAAGUUUUCAGGUUAUGUUGCCAUCUAUGUUUGGCGAGUAAUGUCCACGCGACAUUCUCGUUAUAAAAUACUUUUAAAUUUGCUAUAUAACCUCGUUUAGUAAUUAAUGUAAGGGAAUUUUCGUGAACUAAUCUAGUAUUUAUCAACCAUUAAAAUUAAUUUUACCCUUAGCUAUGCAAUUCCUCAAAGGAAUUAAUUUCACGCACUCCCGUAAAUUAUGAAACCCAAAGCCGGAUUUACAGCUACGACAUCGAGGUCAUCUCGAUCAAACCUUAUAGUGUAGCUGUGAAUUCGACUUUAGAGUGAAAAUAUAUUUUAAUGAUAUCGUAAUGUGAUCACCUAAUUUAACAUAUUUUAAUACGGCCCUUAGAUAAUACAAAAAAGAAACUAUAACAACAAAAUAUCGUCCAAACAUACAUCAGUAGUCAAUUGAGGCUAAGGUACUGCAACUUAUCAAAAUGGAUAUUGACGCGUUAAGAUUUUCACUGUCUAGAACAAAAAUGGCUUUCCUGUCCUUGCUGUAUGCGACUUAUAUAUAUUACCACGGCGAUGUAACAGGUGCUGCGUCGGGGAUCAUUGACUUACCCGGAGAUUCCAUACUUAGCCAUUAUGAUUUUAUCGUAGUCGGCGGUGGAUCGGCAGGUGCUGUGCUGGCAAAUAGAUUAACCGAAGUUAAUGGUUGGAGCGUUCUUCUAAUAGAAGCUGGUGAUUAUGAAACGAUUCUAACAGACGUGCCUGCGUUGGCAGCCAACCAUCAACUUUCCAAGAUUGAUUGGAAUUAUACUACCGAACCUCAGGAUACAGCUUGUUUGGCUAUGAACGGUCAAAGGUGUAAUUGGUCCCGGGGCAAAGUUUUAGGCGGAUCCAGCGUUUUAAACAAUAUGUUGUACGCACGCGGCAACCCAAUGGACUUUGACAACUGGUUGAAACAAGGUAAUGUAGGAUGGGGGUACAACGAAGUGCUCCGGUAUUUUAAAAAAUCGGAGGACAACCAAAACCCAUCCUUGGCGAGUACCCCGUACCAUUCGACUGGUGGCUAUCUUACGGUGUCAGAAGCGCCGUACAAAACGCCAUUAGCCGAAGCGUUCAACACGGCCGGACAAGAAAUGGGAUACGAUGUACACGACAUUAAUGGCCAACGACAAACGGGUUUCAUGGUACCACAAGGAACCAUCAGAAACGGUUCGAGGUGCAGUACUGCGAAGGCAUUCUUGAGACCGGCUGGGCUUCGAACAAACCUUCACGUGACCCUCAACUCGCAUGUCACACGCGUUAUAAUUGAUCCUAUAACAAACAUCACGUCCGGAGUCGAAUUGAUAAAGAAUAAUAUUAGGUAUUACGUUCGGGUGCAUAAAGAGGUGUUGCUGUCAGCGGGCCCUAUUAAUUCUCCACAGCUACUUAUGCUCUCGGGCAUUGGUCCUGAAAAUCAAUUGUCAGAAUUGGCUAUACCCGUUAUUUCCAGUUUAGACGUCGGAAAAAAUCUACAAGACCACAUCGGGCUUGGUGGUCUGAUGUUUUCGAUCAAAGAAAAGAUAUCGCUAAUGCAUCCGAGUACGAAAAAUGUCAAUUCGGUAUUCGCCUAUGCGUCGGAAGGCAAAGGUCCACUAACAGAAAUGGGCGGUGUAGCAGGAAUUGCGUUUGUCAAUACAAAGUAUGGCAAUAACCGACCAGAAGAGCAACCUGACAUCGGGUUGAACUUUGUGUCUGGUUCAACCGUUUCUGGUAUAGAUGGAUUCAAAACGUGGAAAGCUCACGGGCUAAAAGAAUUUUUUUAUAAAUCGAUGUAUGAAUCGAUUCGCAACACAGCCGUUUGGUCCGCUAUGCCUAUAUUGUUGAGGCCCAAGAGCCGUGGCGAAAUACGUUUGAGGAACACCAACCCGUUCGAGCAUCCCAUGAUCUUGUCCAACUACCUGACGGCCAAGGAGGACGUGGACACGUUGGUGAGGGGCAUCAAGUUUGUGAUGGCCAUGGCCGAGACCGAUUCUUUCCGCCAGCACGACAGCCGCCUGCACGACGUACCGUUCCCCAGUUGCCAGACCUUGCAGCGACAUUCGGACGACUACUGGGAAUGCAUGGUCCGGCAUUACACCGUGUCCACAUACCACCCAGUGGGUACAGCCAAGAUGGGUCCAGAGGGGGACAAGACCGCCGUGGUGGACCCAAAGCUCCGGGUGUACGGCGUUUACGGACUCCGUGUGGUGGACGCGUCCGUCAUGCCUACACUGGUCGCCGCCAACACCAACGCGCCGGUCAUAAUGAUCGCCGAGAAGGCCGCGGACAUGAUCAAGGAAACAUGGCGUGAUGAGAUACAGCAAAGUGUCAACAAACAUGAUAUCAUCACAACGCACGCGGAGAUAUUAAAGGAUAAAAAUAUAUUUUAAUUUUUUUUUAAAUCCAUAUAUUUUUAUAAUAAUUAUUUAAGAACAUUUCAGUCCACUUGAAAGUACAAACUUUUAUAUUUA